CACCAGUCUCCUCCUUCUCCUUCCUUCCCCCCCUCUUAAUCCUGGGCGCCCUUGGCCAUUGGGCCAGUUCGGAAUUCUUCAGGAGAAGCGGAGAGAACGGGUGGAGCCGGGCAGAGAAAGGACCUUCUUUGUGCCCCAGAAUAAGCAACACCAGGUGCAGCUGCAGUUACAACCUUGAAAGAAGUGAGGAUGGCCCCUGCAGCAACUUCGGGAGGCGGCUCCCUGCCCAGCGGCUUCUCUGUUUUUGCUUCCUUCCCGGACCUGCUUUUCAUUUUUGAAUUUAUAUUUGGAGGGUUGGUCUGGAUCCUCGUGGCCUCUUCCAAAGUACCAGACCCACAAUCUCAGGGCUGGGUCAUGUUUGUGUCAGUGUUCUGCUUCGUGGCCACAACCAUCUUGUUCUUCCUUUACUUUAUUGGAGCUCACGGUGGAGAUGCUUCCUGGAUAUCCUUGGAUGUGUCCUAUCACUCAACUGCUGCUCUAUUUUACCUGAGUGCUUCUGUCCUCGAAGCCUAUGCCACAAUUGAGUUAAAGAGAAAACUUAACGGAAAUAAUGAAACCUUUAGAUAUUACCAAGAAAACAUCUCUGCAGUGGUAUUUGCGUAUGUUGCCACUCUGAUAUACGUGAUCCAUGCAGUAUUUUCUUUAUUCAGAUGGAAGGCAUCCUAAAGUCCUGUGGAAGUUUACCCAAAAAUCCAGAAGGUGUUAACUGAUUGGCCAUCCUCCCGGGGUAGCUUUUUAAAAGUCAGGGAUGCUCAAAUGGAUCUCUGUUCUCUUGUACAAAGUGGAGGGUUGGGGUGGAAACCUAUCUGUUUCUUGUUGGUGUUUGUCUUUACUGUCUCGCAUAACUAACUGCAUAUAAGAAGUCAGGGGCUUGCUGU